CCUGGCGGCGGUUUGAGGUCCCCGCGCUUGGGAUGGAGCAGCUAGGCGAACUGGAGCUGCUGAUGGAGAAGAGUUUUGGGGAGGAGACUACGCUGCCUGCAGACUUAUUUCAGAAGAAAGUGGUAUCUUCAUUUCCUAAAACCGUGCUGACCCAAGGAAUGGAUAACCGGUACUUGGUGUUAGCAGUGGAUGUUGUACAGAAUGAAGAGGGAAACCAUGAAAAGCAACUAAUCAUCACUGCUUCCCAGUCACUGGAAUAUAAAGAACGAUGCAUCCUUAGGAAUGACUGGUGUUCUAUACCAGUAGAGCCAGGAGAUAUCAUUCAUUUGGAGGGAGACUGUACAUCUGGUACUUGGAUAAUAGAUGAACAUUUUGGAUAUUUGAUUCUUUAUCCAGACAUGCUGUUUUCUGGCACAAGCAUAGCCAGUAGUAUUCGAUGUAUGAGAAGAGCUAUCCUGAGUGAAACUUUCAGGAGCUCUGAUCCAGCCACACGGCAAAUGCUAAUUGGUACAGUUCUUCAUGAGGUAUUUCAAAAAGCAAUAAGUGACAGCUUUGCCCCAGAAAAGCUACAAGAACUUGCUUUUCAAACUAUUCAAGAAACAAAGCAUUUGAAGGAAAUGUACCGCUUAAAUCUGAAUCAAGAUGAAAUCAAACAAGAAAUAGAGGAAUAUCUUCCUUCAUUUUCUAAAUGGGCUGGAGAUUUCAUGCAUAAGGACACUUCAGCUGAUUUCCCUCAGAUUCAGCUCUCUCUGCCAACUAAUGGUAGUAAGAAUAACUCCACAUGUAACAUCGAAGUAGUAAACUCAGUGGAUAUUGAAGAAAGCAUUUGGUCCCCUAGGUUUGGAUUGAAGGGCAAAAUAGAUGUUACAGUUGGUGUGAAAAUACAUCAGGGGUCUAAAACAAAAUAUAAAGUAAUGCCACUGGAACUUAAAACUGGCAAGGAGUCAAAUUCUAUUGAACACCGCAGUCAGGUCAUUCUGUAUACUCUCCUUUGCCAAGAGAGAAGAGCUGAUCCAGAGGCCGGCUGGCUUCUCUACCUCAAGACUGGUCAGAUGUACUUUGUGCCUGCAAACCAUCUAGAUAAAAGAGAAUUAUUAAAGCUAAGAAACCAAAUGGCAUUCUUUUCGUUUCACCGUAUUAGUAAAUCUGUUUCUGGACAGAAAACACAGCUUGCGUCUUUGCCACAAAUAAUCGAGGAAGAAAAAACGUGUAAAUAUUGUUCACAAAUGGGUAACUGUGCUCUUUAUAGCAGAGCAAUUGAACAACAGAUGGAGCAUAAUUCAGUUCCAGUUGUCAUGCUGCCUAAAAUAAAAGAGGAAACCCAGCAUCUGAAGCUUACGCACUUAGAAUAUUUUAGCCUUUGGUGUCUAAUGUUAACCCUGGAGUCACAAUCGAAGGAUAACAAAAAGAACUACCAAAAUAUCUGGUUAAUGCCUACUUCAAAAAUGGAAGAGAGUGGCAACUGCAUUGGAAACCUGAUCAGAACAAAAAACGUAAAGGCAAUUGGUAAUGGACAAUAUUUACAUCAUUUCCAACGUAAAAAUGGUUCCAUCCCUGUCACAAAUCUAAUGGCAGGUGACAGAAUUAUUUUAAGUGGAGAAGAGAGAACACUGUUUGCUUUGUCCAGGGGAUAUGUGAAGGGGAUUACCAUGACGACAGUAACCUGUUUAUUAGACAGGAAUUUGUCGGUACUCCCAGAAUCAACUUUGCUCAGAUUAGACCAGGAAGAGAAAAACUGUGAUAUAGACACCCCAUUAGGGAAUCUUUCUAAAUUGAUGGAAAACACAAAUGUCAGCAAAAAGCUUCGAGAUUUAAUUAUUGACUUGCAGGAACCACAGUUUAUACCCUAUCUCAGUUCUGUUCUUCCACAUAACGCAAAGGAUACUGUUGCCUGUAUUCUAAAGGGUUUGAAUAAGCCUCAGAGACAAGCAAUGAAAAAGGUACUUCUUUCAAAAGACUACACACUCAUCGUUGGCAUGCCUGGAACGGGAAAAACAACUACAAUAUGUACUCUCGUAAGAAUCCUUUAUGCCUGUGGUUUUAGUGUUUUAUUGACGAGCUAUACACACUCGGCGGUUGACAAUAUUCUGUUGAAGUUAGCUAAGUUUAAAAUAGGAUUUUUGCGUUUGGGUCAGACUCAUAAGGUUCAUCCAGAUAUCCAGAAAUUUACAGAGGAAGAAAUUUGCAGAUCAAAGUCCAUUAAAUCCUUAGCUCUUCUAGAAGAACUAUAUAAUAGUCAACUUAUAGUCGCAACAACAUGUAUGGGAAUAAAUCAUCCAGUAUUUUCCCGUAAAACUUUUGAUUUCUGUAUUGUGGAUGAAGCCUCUCAAAUUAGCCAGCCAGUUUGCCUGGGACCACUUUUUUUUUCUCGGAGAUUUGUGUUGGUGGGGGAUCAUCAGCAGCUUCCUCCCCUGGUGCUAAACCAAGAAGCAAGAGCUCUUGGCAUGACUGAAAGCUUGUUCAAGAGGCUGGAGCAGAAUAAGAAUGCUGUUGUGCAGUUAACUGUGCAGUACAGAAUGAACAGUAAAAUUAUGUCCUUAAGUAAUAAGCUGACCUAUGAGGGAAAGCUGGAGUGUGGAUCAGAGAAAGUAGCCAAUGCAGUGAUAAUCCUCCCUAACUUUAAAGAUGUGAAGCUGGAACUGGAAUUCUAUGCUGAUUAUUCCGAUAAUCCUUGGCUGAUUAAAGUACUUGAACCAAACAAUCCUGUUUGUUUUCUUAAUACAGACAAGGUUCCAGCACCAGAACAAGUUGAAAAAAGUGGUGUGAGCAAUAUAACAGAAGCCAGACUCAUAGUUUUCCUGACCUCAGUUUUUAUUAAGGUAAUUAAAAAUUUUCAAGGCUGA